AGCGCCGCAGACGACUCCUCUCUGGUUUUGUGACUUUGGUCUGGCUGCAUUUGAACCAUGGAGACCAUGCAGGAACUCAUCCCCUUUGCCAAAGAGAUGCUGAGGCAGAAGCCAAAUCGGAAGAUGCUCAAAAUGUACAUGCUUGGAAGCAUGCUGGCUUUUGUCGGGGUGGUUAUUGGCCUGGUGGAGACCGUCUGCAGCCCUUUCACCUCUGAAGGGAAGCUGGAGGACGAGGAGGCCCAGGAAGAGAAAAAGAAAGGACCUGCUUCCCCGAUACAGGAGGCAGUUGUCCUCCCCAAACAGGAGGAGGUAAUCUUGGAAAAGAGCAAGCAGGCUGUGGCCCUGAGGAAUUCGGUGAACAGGCAGCAUGCAUCGUAACACUGUUCGGAGAAAUCCUAA